AUGGACAUAUUAGAAUUGUUAAUUGUGCAGCGACAACGGGCCGGCGACGUUCUUUUUGUGAGAAGUGAUGGCGUCAUUAUCGCGACGAGCGCGAUUUUUGCAAGCGCGCUCCCACGGACGGGCGCCUUUUUUGGCGCAUCGGCCGCGGCAGUCCAUACGGGCUGUCCCAGAAAACGCGCAAAGGAUGAACGACGACGAAUCAAUCGCAGUUUCAACGCUUUCUUACUCGACAGUGACGAGGAAGUAGAAGAAUCUGCAGUGGAUUACGAUGGCAUUCUCACUGUCAAUGACGACGGAGAAGAAUCGGACGAUGACACACCGGAAGAACGUGUUUUUGAUGAGGACGGCUGUUCUUUCGAUGUAAAGAAGCUUUCUCCAUACAUCUUCGAGACGGAAUCCGUCAUUAGAUUUGUAUAUCAAAGGAUGUCUUCGCAAGAGGGAAAUCAAGAGAGCAGCGACUUCUUCGAUUAUAAUCCUAUGGAUGACUCGAGAGUACAGAGUCCUAUGUUGGCAUGCCCCCAGUGUGAAGAGGCCAUGAGAUGGCACGAGAAUGUUGAAGUUCGGUUGAGUGCGCUGCGUAACAGUUCCAUGCAGGUGGUUUCGUCUAUUGGGGACCAUCGAGAUCGGUCGUUAGACGAACUCUCGGCUGCCAAGUUUGAUCUUCGAGCGACUAUGCAGCUUUAUGAAGAGGUGUCCGCGGAAUGUGAAGCCGCUAAAAGGCGCUUCAUCAGCGUUAACCUGGCCCUAGGUCAGGGCGGCAACCCGUGGACGGGUUUCUACAAUGAAAACCGAUGA